GAUAUAAACGUUAUGUUUCCGUUUCCGGUUGAUUUUAACGUGGAAAAACUUUGUUUAUAUUGAUAUUUUUGAUUUAAUACAUCAAAUUGACUUAAUAGAGUAAUUGUGAAAUAAAGAUAAAAUGGGUUCUUCGAAAAAACACAAAGAGAAAGAUCGGGAGCACAAAAAGAAGCGAAAACACCGUUCCCGGUCCAGAGAAAGGUCUCGUUCCAAAGAACGUGAAGUAAAAAGACGACAUAGAGGGAGAGACGAUGACAGAUAUUAUGAACAACAUCCAGAAGGAUUCGACAGGGAAGAAGGAGAAAUUGAAGAUAAUAAUCCAGCUUUGAAACCUGAACCUACUGGGGCAUCUUCAGGUGGUGGUGGUGACAUCAGUUUGUCUAUUGAGGAGACAAAUAAAUUGAGGGCAAAACUUGGUUUAAAACCUUUGGAAGUGUCAACAGGAGCACCAGAUUCAGAGAAAGAAUCUUUAAGAGAUGCAGUACACAAGCCAGCAGAGAGCUGGACACAGGCUAAAAAGACUGAAAAAAUUAAAGACAAAUUAGAGAGGUCUAAACAACGGAGAGAAAUAAGCAGCAAAUUAGAUAAGAUAAAGACAUUAGGAGAGAGUGAUUCAGAUGAGGAUGCUGCAACAUGGGUGAGGAAAAACAGAAUGAAACAGAGGGAAAAGGACAGAGCAGAAAAAACUGCUCGUAUGUUAGAGGAGAUGGAUGAAGAAUUUGGGAUAGGAAAUCUUGUAGAAGAAGAAUUCAAACAGGAUAAAACAAAGCGCUAUUCAUCCAAAGAUUUGAAAGGAUUAAAAGUUCAACAUGAUGUAGGCAGUUUUAAAGAAGGACAGACUGUGAUACUUACAUUACAAGAUAGAGGUGUGUUGGAUGAGGGUGAUGAAGCUGAAACAUUGGUGAAUGUUAAUAUGAUAGAUAAUGAGAAAGCCAACAAGUUUGUAGAAUUGAUGAAGAAGAAACCUGAUUAUAAUCCUUAUGAUGAUGCUGAAGAAGAUGAAUAUGGAUUGUUUAAACCGAAAGAUGUUUUAGCCAAGUAUGAUGAUGAGAUAAGAGGAGAGAAGAAGAAAGAUUUCCAGCUUGGUGCUAGGGGAACAUAUAAUUCUGAACAAGACAAACAGAUGGAGAGAAUUACGGCUGAACUCAGGGCACAAUCUCAAACUUUGUCAUCUCAAUUGACAUUGGCAUCAGAAUAUAUGACAGCAGAAGAGGCGCAAGCUAAGUUUAGGAAAGUGAAGAAAAAAGUCAGGAAAAUAAGAAAGAAGAAAAUGUUGAAGGCAGAUGAUCUUCUUCCAUUGCCAGAUGAAACUUCCAUGAACUGA